CCUUCCCCUUCAAUUUUCUAUAUAAGGUGGUCUGUCAGAAACCCCCUCAGGCUCCUCCUAGAUAUCAACACAGGCAAGAAGAAGGGAGGCAAAGACAAACUGCAAGGGACGGACACACAGUAUCUGCAUCAUGACUCCUGCUUCUAGACCUGACUGGUGUUUGAUACUUCUGUUCCUGGCUGUUCUGAGGGGAGAAAGCAGGUAUAUACAGAUGAGGGAGGCUGCAGAAGAUGCAAUGUUUUUAUUAAACUCAGACUUUAAGAGAGAGCUGUCAGAAGGGCAAAUUUAUCGAAGGUCACUCAGAUGCAUUGAUAUGCUGAGUAUAGAAGGUCAAUUUACAUUCCAGGCAGACCGCCCUCAGUUACACUGCGCUCUCUUCCUCAUUGGAGAACCAGAGGAGUUUAUCGUCAUUGAAUAUAACUUUGUAAACAUUGACUGCAUUGGAGGGGACAUUCUUAAGGUUUUCGAUGGCUGGAUCAUUAAAGGCGAAAAGUUUCCAAGUUCCUUGGAUCAUCCUCUUUCCAUGGUGGAACGCUACACGGAUCUCUGUGAGGAUGGCAACGUGGGGAGCAUUACAAGGUCAUCUCAAAAUGUGGCAAUGAUUUUCUUCAGGGUCCAGCAGCCAGGACACGGAUUUACGUUAACAAUACGCAAGAUUCCUAAUCUGUUCCCUUGUAAUGUGAUCUCACAGGCACCUAAUGGAAGAUUUACAAUGAUAAUUCCCCAUCAGCACCGGAACUGUAGCUUUUCCAUCAUUUAUCCCGUGGUGAUGAAAAUAUUUGACCUUACACUGGGACACUUCAAUGAGCUCCAGUUAAAGAAGCCACCACCAAAAGGAUGUGGUGAUGCUGGGGAUUUUGUGGAACUUUUAGGCGGUGCUGGUCUUGAUCCUUCCAAGAUGUUUCCUCUCGCUGAUCUCUGCCACUCAUUCCAUGGUUCAGCUCAGAUGAAGAUUGGCUGUGAUAAUACGGUGGUUCGCAUGGUUUCCAGUGGGAAUUUUAUCAACCGGGUGACAUUCGAGUACAAUCAACUAGACAGGCAACUGGAGAAACAACAGGGGAAUAGUGUGGAAGAGGUCUGCUUUCCCACUGACUGAUUUCCAAAAAAUCCCAGUUGAUUUCCCUUAAUAACAGUAAAAAAAAAUGAAAUCAGGUUACAAACACAUUAGUCGGAGGCUAAUAUUUCUUUUCCAUGCCCUCUUCUGUAACCAAAAUACAGAAACUGUAUAUAAUUCGGUCUGUUUUAUUUUUAAUAUGUUACUUUCUUGAAUUAUAAUUUUGCAUUAAAAGGGCAAACAAA